UCUGCAGCAGCCGGCAAGCUUGUCGGUCACCAGGAAGGAAGGAAGGAGGAUUGCUGCUGCAUGAAGUUUUACAUCACCAGGCUGAUUGCAAUCAAGCCAUUGCGCUUAUCAAAUAACUUCUUUAGAGGCCCGCUUUUUUCCCACUUGGCGAUGAGGUUGGAAAUGACAAACCACCCAUCGCCGAUCUCCAGCCCUGCACGGGCUGGCUCUGUACAGCCGUUGAGCUCCACGCAGCCAUGAAUGACUGUUGUUGCUACGCUCUCAUCUUGACUUGACAGAGACGUGGACUUGGGGAUUAUGUGGCAAGAGGAGCUACCAUGAAUUGGUUAUAGAAUAUUGUGGGGGAAUGAGAAUCGCACAACUGGCAGGAUCACCAUGGUGUCGAACCCUGGAAAGGGGGGUCACGCGAGGCAUGUGACAGCGUUCUCGUGACACUUGGUCGUGACACUUGGUCCGUUGUGGAGGAAUCCCCGAAAGGCAGGCCUCGAUGGAUCAUCGUCUCUCGUGGCUUCAGUCGGUGCCCUGCUCGUGAUGCUUUAAUGAAGCUUGUCGGAGGAAAAUAAACAAACAUAAAUACUUGCCGAGUUGCUUCAAAUAUGCAGCAACUCGACUGAGCACUGAUAUCCUUGUCAAUUGCGUGAUUCUGUGGGUGAGUUCGGGUGCAGCAGCCAGUGUGGCUCCCAUAUUGUAUAUCUGAGGAGGAGGGAGUUAAACUAGCCGAGGGAGGAGAUUUAUGUGCAGUGGAUUAGGUGUGUGUUGACCACAACACAAUCAUACGAGCAACGCGAUCAACGUCUUGCAUCUUGCAUUAGCAUGCUGUCCCUGGUGCUGGUGUGAGUCGAUUUCAGACCCUGAAGCGAAUAACAUCGAGGUUGUUGCCAUUCAGAGAGAUGGCGUUCGCUCCGGGAACAGUCACUGCGUUUGGAAAGAAUGCGAUGGGUAGCAUCGUCCACAUGAGGUGGCAUCGAGCGGGAAGCAGAGGAGGCGCAAACGGGUCGGGGCGGGUGAGCUUCCGCGAUAGAAACGUAGUGAGAUCCGCCCCAGCUUGGACGAGCUGGAGGCCGCACGAAGGCAGACAUACAUCGCACAUUGUUGCGUCCAGUCCGGCUGUUGAAGAAGCAGCUGCCAAAGCCGCCGCACGGGGGAAGGAUCUCACUAAGGAGGAUCUUGUGGACUUCCUUCGAAGCGGAUGUAAGCCGAAAUCGGAGUGGAGGAUUGGGACCGAGCACGAGAAGCUGGGAUUUCAGCUGGACACUUUGAAGCGUAUGACUUUCGAUCAAAUCAGCAAGCUGCUCGAUGGAAUGGCGUCUCGCUUUGGAUAUGAGAGAGUAAUGGAAGGUGAAAACAUCAUCGGAUUAUCGAAGGACGGUGCAAGUGUUUCGCUGGAACCCGGAGGUCAAUUCGAGUUGAGCGGUGCGCCCUUGAAAGAUGUCCAUGCAUGCCAACGCGAGCUUGAUACACAUCUCGAACAGGUGAACAUUAUCGGCAAGGAGCUGGGAUUAAGGUUCGCGGGCAUUGGAUAUGAGCCGAAGUGGCCACUGUCAGAGCGACCGAAUGUGCCUAAGGCCAGGUAUCAAGUGAUAAAAGAUUACUUUCCCAAAAUUGUAAUCACCGAAGUCGGAUUUGAAACCAUGUACCAAACUUGCACAGCUCAGGUGAACUUGGACUUCGAUUCAGAGCAGGAUAUGAUCAACAAGCUCCGAGUGGGGCUAUCCUUGCAGCCGCUUGCAACGGCGCUUUUUGCGAAUUCGCCUUUUUGGGAAGGGAAGCCUGCUGGGUACAAGACUUACAGAAGUUUUCUCUGGUCACAAUUUGACGACGAUCGAACAGGCGAGUUACCCUUCGUAUUUGAUGACGACUUUGGGUUUGAGAAAUACACGGAGUAUGCCUUGAAUGUGCCAAUGUUGAUGGUGCACCGCAACGAUAACUGGAGAGACGUCUCCGGCGCAUCGUUUAAGAAUUUUAUGGCUGGAAAGUUGGAGGCGUAUCCAGGAGAGAAGCCAUCUCUCAAUGACUGGAUGAAUCACCUUGGAACUAUGUACCCUGAGGUGAGGCUGAAGAAAUACUUGGAAAUGAGGGGAGCAGAUUGCUGUCCGAAGGAUUUCCUCAAUGCACUUCCUGCAUUCUGGGUAGGGUUGCUGUACGAUGAGCAAUCACUAAAGAAUUGUCUCGACAUCAUCCGUGACUGGAGUAAUGACGAUCGUGGAUUUCUUCGGAAGGAGGUACCAAAUCAAGGAAUCCUAACUCCAUUCCGAGAAGGUACGCUGCAGGAUGUAGCAAAAGAUGUCCUCAAGCUCGCAAAGGAUGGAUUGGCUCGACGAGGCCUUCAGGAGGGCAAGUUCUUGGCUCCCCUUGAGGAAGUUGCUACAACAGGUGUUACGUUGGCAGAGAGAAUGUUAAAGUUGUAUGAAGAGGAGUGGGACGGAAGGGUUGAUCCAAUUUUCAAUGAGCUGAGAUUGUAGAAAUGGGUGACGCGAUUGCUGGGUUUACGUUUGAAAGGAAGUUAAUUGUGCCUAGUAUUGCUGUUGUAUGUACUCUUUAACACAUCAAUUUGACUGUAAAAAAAAAACAGUGAUGUUUCUUGCAUCUACUACUUUCUUCCA